AUGACUUAUUUAUGUAGCAGCAGUAGUAGUGACAGUAGUUCUGAUGAAGAAAUAGAAUUUUUGGGUUAUAUGAACCAAUGUUUGAACAAACGUCGAAGACCGUAUUUAUUGUCAACAAGAAUAGAUCAUUUGAAUAAAUGGGACGAUCAAGACUUUUUUGCCAGAUUCCGUCUAAGUAAAAAUACAUUUAAAAUUGUAUUAGAAAUGGUUCAACAAGAAGUAACAACUGUUACACAAAGAAAUCGUGCUGUCACAGCAGAGCAACAACUUUUAUUAACACUAAGGUUUUAUGCCUCAGACGCAUAUUUAAUAAAUGUUGGUGAAUUAUUUGGAAUACAUUACUCAACUGCAUCAAAUAUAAUAAAAAAAAUGAAUAUCGCUUUAGCAAGGCUCAGACCACAGUUUAUUAAAAUGCCUAGUAAUGCUAAUGAAAUUUCUGAUGUCCAGAAUAGAUUUUAUUUGAAAGCAAAAUUUCUACGAUGCAUUGGUGCUAUUGACUGCACACACAUCAAAAUAUCAUCACCAGGUGGAGAAAACGCUGAAAACUACAGAAAUAGAAAAAACUUUUUUCUAUAA